AUGUCAACCAAAGUAGACAUUCUCGUCAGUGGAGCAGGUCCUACUGGGCUCUUCUUUGCUUAUCAAAUGGCUCAAAGGGGCCACUCAGUUUUUAUCGUCGAUCCCAAACCAGGACCUACGGAUCAAAGCCGUGCCAUCUUGAUCACUUCAAGAACAAUGGAGAUUUUGGAGAGUAAAGGGUUAGCUGCUGAUAUUCUUCGUGAAGCGUUUGUAUUCUGUGGUGUGCGUGUGUUUAGAAAUGGCUCUAUAGUGGCUCACAUUGAAGCUUGUGGAGACACGCCAUUCCCUCAUGCCACUGCUCUCAUGCAAGGAAAAACAGAGCAGGUUCUGGCCAACAGAUUAGCAGAGGACACAGAUUGUAAAGUGCAUUGGGGAACUGAACUCGUGUCAUACACUCAAGAUGAACAUGGAGUGAAGUCGGUUGUUCGAGACAUUAACACCAAACAAGAGCAAGUAGUUGAAUCUACUUAUAUUGUGGGUGCAGACGGAAGCCAUUCACGAGUCAGAAAGGGAAAUCCUGAGUGGACUUAUGAUGGUGUUGCUAUUCAAACCAAAUUUAUCUUGGCUGACUUGACACUUCAUGGUGCAGAUGGUGCAGACAUCAAGCAUCUCAUGGAUAGAAUGAAUGUGUUCAUGACAGGCACAAGUGUGAUGGGUAUGAUCCGUUUGAAACCGUUUUAUCCAAUCGAUGACGAUUCACAUGUGUUCCGAGUAUUUGGCAACUUGGAAGGCUAUCAGAUCAGCGAGGUCGACAAGGACAAAAUCAGCCAUGGCAUCGAUAAAUCAUCCGAAGCACCGCCUACAUUGGAGUUUAUUGAGGAAUGGAUCAACAAAAUCGCAACACCCAACAAGUUUGUAGCAAGCGAUCUCAUCUGGGGAUCGUAUUUCAGAAUCAACGAAAGAAUUGCGAAUGGAUUUAGAAAGGGAAGAGCCUUUUUAGCUGGAGAUGCCGCACAUUGUCAUUCACCUGCUGGCGGACAGGGCAUGAACUUGGGAUUACAAGAUGCUCAUAAUCUGGCAUGGAAGAUGUCAGAUGUACUCAAAGGCAUAGCCUCUGAUCCAGAGAAACUGCUUGAUUCUUAUAAUGAAGAGAGAGAACCCAUUGCCAAAGAAACCAUUGAGAUCACCAGUAAGACUACCAAAGUAGGCGUUGCCGGAAGUUCGCUUUUCGCUUCCAUCAGAAAUGUAAUGCUUUCUGCAGCCCUCCAAUUUCCUCAAGUAAAAGAAACGGCAUUUCAAAAGCUAAUGCAGUUGUUCCUUGUCAUUGAUACCAACACAUCCAGCAUCAUGACGGAGACCUCCGAUAAAGGGUUGAUUGAAGCUGGCCACUUCUUGCCAGAAACUGCAAUCAUGCGAAAGAGCUUCAUCAUCUCAAGCAAACGACCUCGUCAUAUUCAGCGCUACAGUCUACGAGAACUGUUGGUCGAUAAUCAGGAAUUCACGGUUAUCUUUAUCGCAUCUUGCUUGGCCAGCACCAAGCCCAACGUUCACUUGAUGGAAAAGUUUUGGAAAGAUACUCGAUCCAAGCCAUUGCGUCGACUUGUCAUCCAAUCCGCACAUCACUCCAAAGCCGCAGGCAAAUUACCAGACUACAUCACUGAGGAAGAAGCAUCUACUGCAGAGGAUGCAUUUUACUCUGAAGAAAACAGCAAUUUGCCAAACUCUGUCUCUAAUCGUAUUGGUCUCCAUCCAUUAUUGACAUCCUACUUUGCUGGUCAGCAGCCUGCUAGUGUCGUCCUUUUUGUUCGUCCUGAUUUAUAUGUCUCGCACGCUAAAUUGGUAACAAAUGAGAGUGAACUGGAGUCUGCCUUGGGAUUCCUUUCAAGUUUGUACAAAUAA